AUGCUUUUGUAAAAAAUGACGUUGAAUUUGGGUGGGAUCAAAAUUGUUGCAUCACUAUUGAAAGAGAAUUCCGUGGAAUUCACAGUGAAACCUUGUGAUUUGAUUCAGUAUUCAAUCGUUAAAAAAAAAAGUCUUUGGUUUUGAAUAGUCGUGGUGGAUGUAAUAAUGACUUUGAGAUUUUAAAAACUUCUGAAAAUCCAAUCUCCCUAAAAACUGUCACUUAAGGGAGGGAAUCAGUGAAAAAGAAGGAGGCGCUUGCGCGUAUUGCACCCUUGGGGGUCUCACCCCGAAGUAUAUAGGCUGGGGGUGUUCUACCUCACCCAUCACAUCGAAUCUCAACAAUGCUGUUGAAACCUGUGGUCAACUACUCCAUGUGAACUUUUAACUAAACCUUAAGCGGGAAAAUUUGAAAAAUCAUUAAUUAAAAAUCCGAGUUAAUUCGUCACGUGAGAAUUUCGCAAGAUCCUCUGAAAUUAUUCGCGACAUGGGAAUGUCGGUGGUGACAGUGAUCUUCAUGGUCAUCCUCGUUGUUACAACAACUGUUGCGCGGGUUCUUCCGAAGAGGAGCUUGGCUGACAAUCUUUCCGAGUCGUACGACUACGAAGAUUACUCGGGAAAACAGGAGCGACAUCCAGUAGAAGAAAAAAGAGCUGCACUCCUUCUCGACAGAUUGAUGGUGGCCCUUCAAAAAGCCGUUGACGAACAGGGAAUAGGCGAUUCGCGAGGUGGAAAGGAACUGCUCAGGACAAAGCCGAGAGUUGGAGCUUUGAUCGGACCACAACCUGGAGGGAGCAAAACCGGGAUGGACCUGCAGAGACGAGGGCCGGCCAACGGUAGCGUCUACUGGCGCUGCUACUUCAACGCGGUAACAUGCUUCAAGAGGAAGUGAUAAAGUGAAAUAUAGGUGUCAAACUACGAAUUAUUUUCUUCAUCAUAAUCGGCUAUCUCGUGAAAACUCGAUGCAAUUAUGUCUGACGCGUUUUAUAAUUUAUUUUUGAAAAAAUAAAAAUGUCCAUCCCAA